AACGCAACAAAACAAGUGAUCACUUUUGAGAAUUAAUUAAGUAGCAACAAAAUGGCUACAUUUAGCUCUUUGGGUUUUCUAGUAUUGAUUUUUGUAGGAAUUUUAGGUUCUAGCCAUGGCCAAUUGCAGCUCAAUUUCUAUAGCAAGAGCUGCCCAAAAGCAGAGAAGAUGAUUCAAGACUAUGUCCAAAAGCACAUUCCAAAAGCUCCAUCUCUUGCAGCUGCCUUACUCAGAAUGCAUUUCCAUGAUUGCUUUGUUAGGGGAUGUGAUGCUUCUGUGCUCCUAAAUUCCACUAAGAGUACAGGAAAUCAGACAGAAAAAGUGGCAAUCCCAAAUCAAACAUUGAGAGGAUUUUCCUUCAUAGAUGGUGUGAAGAAAAUAGUAGAAGCAGAAUGCCCAGGAGUUGUCUCUUGUGCUGAUAUUGUUGCCUUGGUUGCUAGAGACUCUGUAGUACUCACUGGAGGUCCAUACUGGAAUGUGCCAACUGGUAGAAGAGAUGGAAGAAUAUCAAAUUUCUCGGAAGCCUUAGCAGAUAUUCCAGCUCCAACUAGUAACUUCACUAGACUCCAGUCAUCUUUUGCCAAGAAGGGUCUUGAUCUAAAGGACUUAGUCCUAUUGUCUGGUGCUCACACCAUUGGAAUUUCUCAUUGCCCAUCAUUUUCAUCACGUCUGUACAAUUUCACCGGAACUUUUGGUACACAAGAUCCAUCUCUAGACAGUGAAUACGCGGCCAAUCUAAAGGCCAAGAAAUGCAAAUCCAUCAAUGGUAAAUUCAUAAUCACAAACUUCGGCAACGAUUCACCAUCAAACUCGCCUUCGUCUUCCUUUUCUGCUUCUCCUUUCCAACGUCAUUCUCCAAACAACUUAAAACAACGUCAUUCCUUACGCUGCGAAUAA